AUGAAGGGCACAAGUGGAGGCGUCUUGCCACUCACCUCUCUCAACCACAUAUCCCUGGUUUGCAGAAACGUGGAGAGAUCUCUGGACUUCUAUCAGGACGUCCUCGGCUUCAUCCCCAUCAGACGCCCCGAGUCGCUGAAAUUCGACGGCGCAUGGUAGAUCUCCUCUGCUUCCCCCCUUACUCUUCCUCUUUCUCUUCAUCCUCCUCGUCUUCGUCUUCGUCUUCGUCUUCCUCAUCGUCUUCGUCAUCCUCCAUCGUAGGCUCUUCAACUACGGGAUCGGGAUCCACCUCUUGCAGUCGGAAGACCCGGAAGCCAUGCCCGUGAAAUGCGAGAUCAACCCCAAGGACGACCACAUCUCCUUCCAGGUAGAGAGAAAGAGAGAGAGAGAGAGAGAGAGAGAGAGAGAGAGAGAGAGAGAGAGAGAGAGAGAGAGAGAUGAUCACGGGUCCAGAGUCUCCUAUCUUGGAGGGGUCCUUUGACUUUUUCAGCGGGGGAUCACAGGAUCCGCGAGAACGAAACCUGGGACUCUCAGUGCUGACCUUCCCAGCGACGGUGUGACGCAGUGUGAGUGCAUGGCGACGGUGGAGCGGAAGCUGAGGGAGAUGGGGAUCCCAUGCAUCCAGAGGACGGUGGAGGAGGGCGGCAUCUCCGUCGACCAGCUCUUCUUCCACGACCCCGACGGCUUCAUGAUCGAGGUCUGCAACUGCGACGUCCUCCCCGUCAUCCCCCUCGCCGGCGGCGACCCCGUCUGGGUCUGCAAGCGCGCCACCGAGCCGCCGCCGCAGCCACUCCCCCACCGCAUCUCCGCCGCCGUGAGAGUGGAGGACUAG